AACAGAACUCGCUGGAGCUCACAGGCCUCUCCCAGGCAGGGAUUUCGCGCCCGCCCAUGAGAGGGCCGUCCGUCUGAACCGGGGGGUUUGGGCAGCAGCAGCAGCGCCGCUGUACUCUUUUCUUUCUGUCCAAGAGAAACUUUUUUCCAGCUCGUGCGUAAAGCUGUGCGUAACGCGCCUCGGGCUGGCCGGGACUCGGGUGUAGGAUCUUAAAACGCGCCUGUUUCUGGGUGUGAGCUGGAGAUUCGCUGUAAAACAGCCCGUAGCGCGUGAUCUCUCGCGGCUCCGCAACGACAGAGACCUCAGAGACAGCGGGGCUGAACUCGGUCCACAUGGUGCCGUGUUGGAGAGAGCGCGCGCACCCCUGCCCCUGACCGCGGCCGCAUGGAUCGCUGCUCGUGAGUAAAGCGCGGGAACAAUGCUGGCCAGGAAGAGCAUCAUCCCGGAGGAGUUCUCCCUGCCGGCGCUCGUGUCGCGGGUCCCCCGCAAGCCCGUGUUCCGGGACCGGGUGAACAAAGCCCGCUUCAUCGCCAAGAGCGGCGCGUGUAACCUCGCCCACAAGAACAUCCGCGAGCAGGGCCGCUUCCUGCAGGACGUCUUCACUACGCUGGUGGACCUGAAGUGGCGCUUCACCCUGGUCAUCUUCACCAUGACCUUCCUCUGCAGCUGGCUGCUCUUCGCCAUGGGCUGGUGGCUGGUGGCUUUCGCUCACGGGGACCUGGACUCCACCAGACAGGCCGGUAUAGAGCAGUGCGUCACCAACGUCAAGUCCUUCACUUCUGCCUUCCUCUUCUCUAUUGAGGUGCAGGUCACCAUUGGCUUUGGCGGCCGCAUGAUUACCGAACAGUGCCCAGCCGCUAUCACUGUGCUGAUCUUACAGAACAUUGCAGGCCUCAUCAUCAAUGCCGUCAUGUUGGGCUGCAUCUUCAUGAAGACGGCACAGUCCCACCGUCGUGCUGAGACACUGAUUUUCAGCCGCCAGGCCUGCAUCGCUGUGCGCAACAACCGCCUUUGCUUCAUGAUCCGCAUUGGAGAUCUGCGCAAGAGCAUGAUCAUUGGUGCUGUUGUACGCCUCCAAGUUGUCUGCAAGACUGUCACCCCAGAAGGCGAAGUCAUACCCAUUCACCAAAUCGAUGUCCAGACUGAGAGUGCUGUGGCCAGCAACAGCAUCUUCCUCUUGGCUCCCCUCAUUAUCUGCCACGUCAUAGACAAAGACAGCCCCCUGUACGAUCUGUCCGCCAUGGAGCUGCAGUGCAGCGACCUGGAGGUCAUCGUCAUCCUAGAAGGUGUGGUGGAGACCACAGGCAUCACCACCCAGGCUCGGACAUCCUAUGUGAGUGAGGAGAUCCAGUGGGGUCAUCGUUUUGUUCCCAUUGUCACAGAAGAGGAGGGUGUUUACUCAGUGGACUACUCCAAGUUCGGAAACACGGUAAAGGUGGCCACGCCGCGGUGUAGUGCACGAGAGCUGGACGAAAAGCCAUCCAUCCUCAUCCAAACGCUGCAGAAGAGUGAGCUCUCACAUCAGAACUCACUGCGAAAAAGGAACUCCAUGCGUCGUAAUAACUCUAUGCGCAAGAGCAACUCCAUGCGGCGUAACAACUUGGCACUGGCUAUGCCCAAGGUGCAGUUUCUCGCCCCUGAGGGAGCACUGAAUGUGGCAGUCACAUGACACGAGGCAUGGCUACCCUGGGCCAUACUUCUCAUUUUAAAAGGUUCAUGGGCACUUUCUUCCCCUCUUGCUCUCCUGGGUUUUACCCUGCUCCUCUCUGUUUCUCUUGCACGUCUGCCAUGAUGGAGCAAUUGCUAAUCUUUUUUAUCACCUGUCUGUUCAUGAUUUGCACAAAAUCAACUUAAAUAAGAAUAAAUAAAUAAAUGUUUGACAGUGAGGCAGAUGGUUCUGUUGUUGUUGUUUUUUUUUUACCAUGGUCAGUAAUGUUGAGCACUAAUGUUGAACAUAAUUCAAAGGGCUCUAACUAAACCUAUUUUAUUGUCACUGAAGUAUAGGCUAUGUAUUCUAACAGUUUUUGCACAAAUAAGUUUUUGGUAAAUAUAAGAAAUGUAACUAUUGUAAAGCUUAAUAAAGUGUUUUCUGAGA